UUUUCAAGUGCGCAUCCGUUUUAACGCAUCUUGACUGUAGUACAGUCUGACAUACAGGACAGCUGAGAUUCCACAGUGUGAUAUGAGGAUCAUGUUCCUACAGUCUGACAAUUAACAAUCGUAAAGGACUAUUAUAAAUCGCAGUGUGCACCCGGCUUUAGGGUAAUAAGAAGGGGCUCCUCAGGUAUUUCGAAGGGACAUUGUUAUGGACAGAACAUCUUCUAAAUGUUUUGUUUUUUGUUGCUUUGUGCUAUUAAACUGGUAAUUUGCAUUUGUCUCUAUUUGCCUUAGAUCUAAUGAUGCUGAAAAAAGAGAGUGAAGUACUGAGUAAAAUGGAAGAGAAAGAUCAAUAUAAGAAUCAUCAUGAUCUUAUAGCGGGCCAAAAAACUUUUAGUUGCUCACAGGCUGAAAAGACUUCCUCACGAAAAAGGGCUGUAAAGACAGAAACUAGAAGUAAUUUUACCUGCCAACAGUGUGGAAACAGAUUCGCUCAUAAAGGAAGCCUUAACAGGCACAUGAGAAUUCACAAUGGAGAGAAGCCAUUCACGUGUCCUCAAUGUGGAAGAAGUUUUAAUCAACAUGGAAACCUUAAAGCCCACAUGACAAUUCACACUGAAGUGAAGCCUUAUCCCUGCCAACAGUGUGGAAAGAGUUUCGGUCAACACGAAAAGCUCAACGUCCACAUGAGAAUUCACACUGGAGAGAAGCGUCGUACCUGCCGACAGUGUGGAAAGACUUUUGCUGAAAAAGUAAGCCUUAACAGACACAUGAGAGUUCACACUGGAGAAAAGCCUUACACAUGCCAGCAGUGUGGAAAGAGUUUCGCUCAAAUUGGAAACCUUCAAGUCCACAUGAGUGUUCACACUGGAGAGAAGCCUUACACCUGCCAACAGUGUGGGAAAAGUUUCAACCGAAAAGGGAAUCUUAAUUACCACAUGAGUAUUCACACUGGAGAGAGCCUUUUCACCUGCAAACAAUGUGGAAAAAGUUUUAAGCGAAAAGGAAGCCUUAACAGGCACAUGAGAAUUCACACUGGAGAGAAGCCGUUUACAUCUGGUCACUGUGGAAAAAGUUUUAGGUAUAAAGUAAGCCUUAAGUGCCACAUGACUAUUCAUGUAUGAAAGAACUGUUUUUGUAUGUCUUCAUCGUGAAAUGAUUUUCACAAACACCUCAUGUCUAAUAAUGUGCUGAUUAUUUUUAUGGUACUAAAUCACCUUAGAGGGCUGAAUUCCCUGUUAAUGUCCAGUGACUACAAGAGGAAUAAAGAUGUAAGAGUCAAGAAUUAUAUUCAAUGAAUUGAUUAGUCAAAUGAAGAAUAAAGUAGUUACACAUACAUAUAACAGUA